CACAAAUUUCGCCUAUGUCCAUUUUAUUGUACUGUGAUUGUGAUUGUUAGUUGUAUCUUAUAAUUAUUUCAAAUAACAACUAAUAGAUUGAACAUUUUCGUUUUCAACAUAUUGAUGAAACUGAUAUACUGAAAUUAUAACAUUCUUUAAACUUGUGAAAAAUGUCUGACACAAGUGACUUGGACCGUCAAAUUGAACAACUGAAAAGAUGUGAGAUUAUUAUGGAGGGAGAGGUUAAAGCACUUUGUGCGAAGGCCCGCGAGAUACUCGUUGAAGAAAGUAAUGUUCAACGUGUCGAUGCUCCAGUUACGGUUUGUGGAGAUAUUCAUGGCCAAUUCUAUGAUCUCAAAGAAUUAUUUAAAGUUGGAGGUGAUGUUCCUGCUACUAAUUAUUUGUUUAUGGGAGAUUUUGUGGACAGAGGAUUCUACUCUGUUGAAACAUUUUUAUUACUUUUAGCUUUAAAGGUUCGUUAUCCAGACCGCAUUACUUUAAUUAGGGGAAAUCAUGAAUCAAGACAAAUCACACAAGUGUAUGGCUUUUAUGAUGAAUGUUUAAGGAAAUAUGGAUCUAUAACAGUUUGGAGGUACUGCACAGAAAUAUUUGACUACCUGUCACUGUCAGCUAUAAUAGAUGGAAGGAUAUUCUGUGUACAUGGUGGACUCAGCCCAUCUAUACAAACCCUGGACCAAAUUCGUACUAUAGACCGCAAGCAGGAGGUACCGCAUGAUGGACCAAUGUGUGACCUAUUGUGGAGUGACCCUGAAGACACCCAAGGUUGGGGCGUUUCUCCGAGAGGUGCCGGCUACUUGUUUGGAUCUGAUGUUGUGGCACAGUUUAAUGUUUCUAAUGACAUAGAUAUGAUAUGCCGUGCCCACCAACUAGUGAUGGAAGGUUACAAAUGGCACUUCAAUGAAACUGUUCUUACUGUAUGGUCUGCUCCGAAUUAUUGUUAUAGAUGCGGCAACGUAGCUGCAAUAUUAGAACUAAAUGAGAAUCUACAACGUGAUUUCACAAUAUUCGAAGCCGCACCUCAAGAAUCGCGUGGCGUUCCAUCAAAGAAACCACAAGCAGACUACUUUUUAUAAUGGUUUACGUUAUGGUUUUGAACAAGGUAUGCCCGUAUGCUUCUUAUUGCAUUACUACAUUUGAGUAUUUGCGAUUACAAUUGCGUAAUUAAAUCAUAAGCGUUUCUUAUCAGUUUAAAAGUUUUUAAAGAAAACAAUUUUUGUAAAAUAGCCUUUCAAAGUCAUUUCUUUAUUAAAUUUGUAGGCAUAACGAUGUCUAUGGUUUAUGCGAGUACAUAACAUGACCAAAAUAAAACCCUUAAGCACAUUAACUUUCGCAAAAUAAUAAUGAAAUAUUUAAGUCAUAUUGUACUACAAUGAUUCAAUUGUUAAAAGAAUCUUUUACUAUCCCGUACAUGAUUGUCACUGCCUCUAAAAACAUUUGUUUAAUAAAAAAAAUUAUAAAUAUAAUUCAAAAUAUAACCAAUAUUUACCUCAUAUAUGCCCAUCUCUUCAUUAAUAUGCUACUAAAAAGGCUGAAAUGACGUUAGGCACUUUAUUAUGAUAACUUUGACAUUAAAAAAAAAUUGUCUAUUAAAAUAAUUUUACUUAUUAAGUUGCAAGCAUUGUAAUGACAUGAUAAAUCAUAUCUUAGAACACAUUUUGACUUGAUAGUACAUAGUGGUUAAUGCUUGCUUUAAAAAAAAACAUUCAAUAUUGUAUUCAUAUUUGGUACAAAUACCACACAAUAAUAUAGUUUUGUUAUAAACUAUGACGAGCAUACCUUAUUUAAUAGCUGUUGCGAGUUUUUGAAGUGUUGUUUCGUGAUUUUAAGACUGCCAAGUGUAAUUUGAAUUAUCUUUAAGCUGAUUAAUUUUGACAGCUUUCCACAAAUAUGUAUAAUUUUCUACGUCAAAUGUGGUGUGUCAUUGUAAUUUAUGUAUUUUUAGUAUUAGUUACGAAUUUGAAGAGAGUUUUCAACUUAGGAUAAACUUAUUUUUUCUUAAUGUCCAAUUCACUAUCUCUUUAAACCAAGAACAUGCUAUAAGCCACAAAACCAAAUAUUUUUUCAAUCUAAUUCUAAAAUAACAGUCACAUACAGAUCCGGGAUUUUUCGAAAUUCACGACAAUAUUUAAAAUUUUUGAAGAAAUAAUAAAUUAUACAUAUAGUUUUAUAGUAAAUUAUUACUAUAAAGAAGAAAAGUUGUUCACAUUACAUUAUGUUUUUAUCCAAAUCAAACAGUGAUUUAGUCAAAAUGUUUUUUUAAUCUCUCCAUACUAAUUGAAAAUAGGAAAUUUUGAAUAAUGCAAUGAAUAUUUUGUGAACAGUGCUCAUACAAGACAAGUAGUAACCUCCAAAUAUAGUUACUACAUUACAAUUUUUUAAUAUAAUUUAUAUUUCUAAACACCAGCACGAUUUAUUUUGAAAUAUGCCAUGUUUUCCAUACCUAUUCCAUGUAUCAAAUUUCAUGCAAUAUGAGGAGCUGAUACAAAAUACUUUUGUCGCUAUUCUGGAAUAGUUUGGUGCAAAAAAAAACGCGCAUAUGUUUGCAAAAAUCGAUCAUAAUUAUUGACCAAUGACUAUUGAUUUAUUUUAAAUUUUCACACACCAAGGAAAAAUUUCUAACGGUUUCAUCAUUACACUUAUUCGAUUUGAACUAACAGAUUGUGUCUGGGUAUUUAUUGAAUAAGGUGUUCUCAAAUAUAAUACACUUUUAAGUAUGAUUGACAAAAAGUGGUAGGUAAUGCUAUUUAAAUUUAGAUUGUAUUUUUGAAUGACUUCUCUUCAUAAAAAUGAUGCAUCUUGAGUGCUGUUUGAUUAACUGACUGUUUAAAGAAGAACGGACAUUAAAUACAUUAACUUGCUGACUGAAGGAAAACAAAAUAUAGAUAGAUAAACUCAAACAGAAGUUGUCUUCUAAUUACCAGCAGCCCACUGUGAUCUACGGGCUUUGAUGUAAUAUUAAUCCACAUUAUUAAUAUAAUAAACUCAAUUAUAGUUAGAUUUCAUGUUGUAUAAGACUUUAGCGUUACGAUAAUAAAAUCACUGCCAGACGCAGGCUCCAUAAAAUAAUGUAAGACUGUAGUAUUCUGUAAAUACUAAAUUAGAAAUUCACAUUUUCUAUUCUUUCUUAUUCAAGCUUACAAAUAAUAAAUCUAUAAAAAUGUAAUAUUAAAAAGAGAUUUUACAAUUUUGAUGAGUACCUACUCAUUUUAAGGUCCAAUUAAACUGUAAAUGCAUAUUUACAUUUUUAUAGUAUUGUUAUUUGUCAAUUUAAUGUAUCUUAUAUUUUCUUUUUCUAAAUUCUGUUGAUUUUAAGAUGUGUAAUCGAUGCUGAUUAUAAUAUUGCAGAGAUAUAUAGGUUAGUACUGAAAUGGCAAGUACUAAGCCAAUAUAUUUUUCAUACAGUUACCACCUUGCACAGACAUUGGUAUUAAAAACUGUCAAAAAGGUUUACUAUGUCACCAUUUUGAUUCCAAAUAAUUUGCCUUUCCAUUAAAAGGUUUAACUUCUGUUUAUUUUUAAUUAUAAG